ACCAACACCAACAACACAUCGUCUUCUCUAUGCUCUACAUGCUUCGCUCGAAUAUCCUCUGCAACUCCUAUCCUUGAUCGUCCACUUCGACAACAUGACAUAUUUUCGAAUCACCCUCAUCAGGUCUGCCAUUGGGCUACCUGCCAAAUCUACCAAUGUCCUCAAAGCUCUCGGCCUGCGCAAGAGAAUGGCUACAGUCUAUCACCCAGUGUCUUUGUCUGUUGCUGGUCAGAUCAUGAAGGUCAAAGAGUUGGUUGCCGUGUCUGAAGUUGACAAGGCCCUCACCAAGGAAGAAAUCAAUAGAGAGAGGGUCCCAGACAAGGGAUAUUACGUCGAGAAGAGAGCUGCACACGGAGCGAUAUAAGUUGAGAAUUGGAUAUGGGAACAAGCAAACCCUGCCUCUAUUUUUUCGCAAGAGGCUGAAAUGCCCUCGCACCAUGCAAUUCUGCACGGAUGUCUCCGUUAUACCUAGUCCGAAUCCGGUCGGCCUCGUUGCGAAGCUUGAACCUCGACAGAGACACCCCAAUACGAGUCUUACGACCUCGAUGCACGUAGUGGAGCUGCAAACAUUACGAAAGCGUUUGAAGGUUUGAAGUCGAUAAUUCUCCCAUCGACGUUCGAUAUAGCCCACUCAUGACAGCUCUGCCGAUCAAUGGUCUUGUGGCUCAGUUUCGACACGUCGAUACUCGACACUGCUCCAUGGUUCUACACUAACAACCAAUCAAAGCGAGCACGACCAUAUAUUACUACCGGAUUUGAUGUGUGCAGCACGAGCUGUGUAUUGGAAGAUGAAGAGGGGGGCUAGGGAGUCAAGAGGCGUGUCGAGGACUAGGAUUGGGCUAAACGUCACUUUCGUCCUGGGGCUCUCAUCAUACCUUUCUCUACAACAGUAGAAAUGGUUGCUUGACUGAAUUAACGGCUGUAACAAGGUGCAUGCACUUGCGCUAUAUGAUCAAAGAUGAUGUAUUACAUACGAGGCGCUGAGAACGUAUGUUAAUUUGUAUAUCCUUUUCUAUGGCGCAGAGGAAAGACGACAGUUCAGGUACCAUUGCUUGAAAUCCAGCUACAAGAUGAAUCUGCUACGAUAAUAGACUAAGUAGAUAGGAACCAAUGAUUGAGCUGAGAAAAC